AUGGUGCACAUCACGGCCCUCGUGGCAUUCGCAGCAUUGGCGGCAGGAGUGGUGGCCGAGGACGACAGCUACACGGUUCUCAACGCCAGCUCGCCGUUGCGCAUCAGCCAAUGCAACGCUGUGCAGUUUCAGUGGACGGGUGGCAUUCCGCCCUACCAGGCCUUUGUGAUCGCCAACGGCACCAACCUGGCUCAGAUCGAGAAUGCAACCACUGCCACCCGGACCCAGUGGAUGGUCACCGAGCCAAUGGACACAGUGAUCACCUUCCGCGUCGAGGACACGACGGGCACGAUCUCCGAGUCCGAGCCACUGGCAGUAACCACCGGUCUGCCAAUGUACGAGAACGGAACCUGCGUGACACUGCUGCAGAUCGGCUGGAGCGCCAACGUGUACAUUUCCUGGGGUUUCCCUCUGGGUGUCCAACUGGCUAUCGGUGCCGGUCUGGGGACUUCUCUUUUCCUGGUCGCUCUCCUCGCUAUCUACUUGACGUGCUGCAUGCGUCCCACUCGCUUCCAACGCCAUAGGUACGGAACCUCGUUUGGCAACGGCCCCUCCGCCAUGGCCAUGACCGGGGGGUCGUUUGACAACACUUUCACCGUCAGCAGGACUGGCAACACGGUCGUUACAUACACUUCCCCUCAAGAACCCAUCAUGGACGACAAGACGGGUGUGGAUGGCUACCCGACUUACGCUGCCCACACUCAACCUCCCAUGAACCCCUACGCGGCUGCGGACAACGUUGCCCCACCGCUUGCCGACCACAACGGUAACCACCCCUACGCGACCAUCAAGGACACCAAAGCCGGCCACGUAUCGCGUUCCUCGUCGAUCGACCACGGUACCAGUCGGCCCCGUCUCGAGCCCCGCGUCGAGACUCGAGAGGUCCCUGUGGACGAUGACGAUGAUGAGCUCCGGGACGAGUUCCCCUCCAACUCUCGUGGAGGCAGGCAGAAGACGCUAGACUGGCGCGAGGCACUCAUGGAGGCGCCCGCACCCGCCCUGCCCCGGCCGUCGAUGGGCGGCUCGCCACCAAACUACAACUCCGCCAUCCGAUCUGCACCCCGUCGCAACCACGGCGGCAACAUGGUUUAA